AAAACAGUAUGACAUGCCUUGCCUUAUAACAGUGGAAUUAACUUUUUAAUGCUCGUUAUGACAAGAAAAUAACACUCAUGCUUACAGGUGUAUAAAUGCUCGAAUAAGGACGUUAUCUCGAAGGUGGACUGAGAGUAACGUUGACCUUAGCAACAGUCAGUCAGGCAGGGCUAGGCCGCAACAAAAUAGCAGAAGGUAGAAUACCUUUUUCGUAAACAAAAAUGUACAAAAGUUGCUUUUAACGUUAAAGGAGUGAAAGAAGGAGAAUGCACAGGUUGAACAUGAGCUGAAUUGAUCACGAUAACUGCGUCAACUACAUCAACUAAUAAGAAGUAUCCCUGCACCAGAUGGCGCUGUUCUAUAAUCCUGAAGUAGUAGACUAUCGCUGUCCAAUAAACUGGUACCCAAGGAGGCUUGUGUUGUGUAGGGAUGGCCACACUGAAAUUAUAUUUUGAACUCAAUUGUUUGUUUACGAGAGACAUAACUGCCAUAUACUUUUUCUACGAGCUACAAUUUAGGGAAUUGAAAAUGUCAGAUUGAAGGGGGUUACUGAAGUGUUCACACUCACUGCAGCAGCCUUCUGACGUGUCGUAUACGCUCAGUGGCAGGUGAAUAUAUGCAAUAAAAGUGACAGCAGGAUACAUCUAGGAACAGGGGAUGCUACUGAUUUUCAGCCAAUAAAACGCCGAAAGACGUCUGAUGGCUCCUAGCAAGUCUAAUUAAAGUGUUAAGCGUACCGCAUCGCAGUGUUUAGGCUAAGCAGGGGUAAAUAAGUAAUUAGACUAAGUUCUUACAGUUAAUGCUCGCAGCAUCGGAAACAUGACGUGUUGUGUCUAUUCGUUACAAUCAGUGCGACAUGACAUUCAGCCUGAUUCUGGAAGCGGUAGAUGUUGUGUUGAUGUAUUCUAAGUAAAAUUACGAGGGCGACAAUAGUGUGUGUUCCUGUGUGCGCACAGUCCCUCGUAGGCGGGAGUAAUAGCGGUCAAGUUGGUUCCCAUCGAGGAGGGGCCGUCUGUAGGGGAGUAUCUUUUGGUGAGGGAGGGUAGCGCUGAGAGAUAGAUGCUGGAAUUUCUGCAUAGACGCGUGGCGUUCAACAACAUUUAUUGUAGAGCGGUUUAUUCCUGCGGAACAUUGCCAUCGGCUCUUCUCUCACAACACCAGGACUUGUGGAGUGAUCUAGUAGCCGUCCUCUCCUCCCUUCCCCAACAGGUGGUGAGCUCAGCUCUGGUACCCCAAGAUGGCACAGCGGACUGGGCAGGAGGACCCGGAGCGAUACCUGUUUGUAGAUCGGGCAGUAGUCUACAACCCGGCCACGCAGGCAGACUGGACGGCCAAGAAGCUUGUGUGGAUCCCCUCGGAGAGGCAUGGGUUUGAGGCGGCCAGCAUACGUGAGGAGCGUGGGGAGGAGGUGAUAUUGGAGCUGGCAGAAAAUGGCAAAAAGGCAGUGGUUAACAAGGAUGACAUCCAGAAGAUGAACCCGCCCAAGUUCAGCAAGGUGGAGGAUAUGGCGGAGCUCACUUGCCUCAACGAGGCCUCUGUGCUGCACAACCUGAAGGACCGCUACUACUCCGGCCUCAUCUACACAUACUCUGGGCUCUUCUGUGUGGUGAUCAACCCUUACAAGAACCUGCCCAUCUACUCUGAUAACAUCAUUGAAAUGUACCGGGGCAAGAAGCGCCACGAGAUGCCCCCACACAUCUACGCCAUCUCUGAGGCGGCCUACCGCUGCAUGCUUCAAGAUCGAGAGGACCAAUCCAUUCUGUGCACGGGCGAGUCUGGAGCAGGGAAGACGGAGAACACCAAAAAGGUCAUCCAGUACCUGGCCCAUGUUGCCUCCUCGCACAAAGGACGAAAAGACCACAUUCCUCCCGAAUCACCUAAAUCAUCACUGAAGUUACAGCAGGGUGAACUGGAGCGUCAGCUUCUUCAAGCCAACCCCAUUCUCGAGUCCUUCGGGAAUGCCAAGACGGUGAAAAAUGACAACUCGUCGCGUUUUGGAAAAUUCAUCAGAGUCAACUUUGAUGUCACCGGCUACAUUGUCGGAGCCAACAUCGAGACUUACCUUCUGGAAAAAUCCCGAGCCAUACGUCAGGCCAAAGAUGAGCGAACCUUCCACAUCUUCUACCAGCUGCUCGCCGGAGCAGGGGAGCAUGUGAAAUCCGACCUGCUCUUAGAGGGCUUCAAUAACUACCGCUUCCUCUCCAACGGCAACGUUCCCAUUCCUGGCCAGCAGGACAAGGACAACUUCCAGGAGACCAUGGAGGCCAUGCACAUCAUGACGUUCAAUCAUGAGGAGAUCCUGGCCAUGCUUAAGGUAGUCUCAGCAUGUCUGCAGUUUGGCAACGUCGUCUUUAAGAAGGAGAGGAACACAGACCAAGCCUCCAUGCCCGAGAACACAGCUGCUCAGAAGCUCUGUCACCUGCUGGGACUGAAUGUGAUGGAGUUCACCCGCGCCAUCCUGAGUCCCCGCAUCAAGGUCGGCAGGGACUACGUGCAGAAAGCGCAGACCAAAGAGCAGGCUGACUUUGCCGUGGAGGCUCUGGCCAAGGCCACAUACGAGCGUCUGUUCCGCUGGCUGGUGCACCGCAUCAACAAGGCCCUGGACCGCACCAAACGUCAGGGAGCCUCCUUCAUCGGCAUCCUGGACAUCGCUGGCUUUGAGAUCUUUGAGCUGAACUCUUUCGAGCAGCUCUGCAUCAACUACACCAACGAGAAGCUGCAGCAGCUCUUCAACCACACCAUGUUCAUCCUGGAGCAGGAGGAGUACCAGAGGGAGGGCAUCGAGUGGAGCUUCAUCGACUUUGGCCUAGACCUGCAGCCCUGCAUCGACCUCAUCGAGAGGCCGAACAACCCCCCAGGAGUACUGGCUCUGCUGGAUGAGGAGUGCUGGUUCCCCAAGGCCACGGACAGGACGUUUGUGGACAAGGUGCUGCAGGAGCAGGGCACGCACUCCAAGUUCCAGAAGCCUCGUCAGCUCAAGGACAAGGCGGACUUCUGCAUCCUUCACUACGCCGGACGGGUGGACUACAAAUCAGAUGAGUGGCUGAUGAAGAACAUGGACCCCCUGAAUGACAACGUGGCCACGCUGCUGCACCAGUCCACAGACAAGUUUGUGGCUGAGCUGUGGAAAGAUGAGAUUCAGACCUUUCAGAGAGCCUCUUUCUAUGACAAUGUAUCUGGUCUCCAUGAGCCUCCAGUGGAUCGGAUCGUGGGCUUGGACCAGGUGGCCGGGAUGAACGAGACGGCCUUCGGCGCCUCGUACAAAACCAAGAAGGGCAUGUUCCGCACAGUCAGCCAGCUCUACAAGGAGCAGCUGUCCAAGCUCAUGGCCACUCUCCGAAACACCAACCCCAACUUCGUGCGCUGCAUCAUCCCCAACCACGAGAAACGGGCAGGUAAGCUGGACCCACAUCUGGUUCUAGACCAGCUGAGGUGCAAUGGUGUGCUGGAGGGAAUCCGUAUCUGCAGACAGGGCUUCCCCAACCGCAUCGUCUUCCAGGAGUUCAGGCAGAGAUAUGAGAUCCUCACUCCCAAUGCCAUUCCCAAGGGCUUCAUGGAUGGCAAGCAAGCCUGUGAGAGAAUGAUCCAAGGCCUGGAGCUGGACCAGAACCUCUUCCGCAUCGGCCAGAGUAAGAUCUUCUUCCGGGCCGGAGUCCUGGCGCACCUGGAGGAGGAGCGCGACCUGAAGAUCACGGACAUCAUCAUCUACUUCCAAUCCGUCUGUAGAGGCUACCUGGCUCGCAAGGCCUUUGCCAAGAAGCAGCAGCAGCUCAGUGCCCUGAAAGUCCUCCAGAGGAACUGUGCCGCCUACCUGAAGCUGCGCCACUGGCAGUGGUGGCGCGUUUUCACCAAGGUGAAGCCUCUGCUGCAGGUGACCCGGCAGGAGGAGGAGAUGCUGGCCAAGGACGAGGAGCUGGCCAAGGUGAAGGAGAAUCAGAGCAAGGUGGAGGUAGAACUGGUGGAGAUGGAGAGAAAGCGCCAGCAGCUGGUGGAGGAGAAGAACAUUCUGGCGGAGCAGCUGCAGGCUGAGACAGAGCUGUUUGCCGAGGCUGAUGAGAUGCGAGCGCGUCUGGUGGCCAAGAAGCAGGAGCUGGAGGAGAUCCUGCACGACCUGGAGUCCCGCGUGGAGGAGGAGGAAGAGAGGAACCAGUCACUUCAGAACGAGAAGAAAAAGAUGCAGUCUCACAUCCAGGACCUAGAAGAGCAGCUGGAUGAGGAGGAGGCCGCUAGACAGAAGCUGCAGUUGGAGAAGGUGACAGCUGAAGCCAAGAUCAAGAAGUGUGAGGAGGACGUUUUGUUGCUUGAGGACCAGAACUCCAAGUUCAUCAAGGAGAAGAAACUGCUGGAGGAGCGUAUCGGUGAGAUGACCUCCAUGCUGACUGAGGAAGAGGAGAAGGCCAAGAACCUGGGCAAGACCAAGAACAAGCAGGAGAUGAUGAUGGUCGACCUGGAAGAGCGCUUAAAGAAGGAGGAGAAGACCAGGCAGGAGCUGGAGAAGUCCAAGCGGAAGCUGGAUGGCGAGACCACGGACCUUCAAGACCAGAUCGCCGAGCUGCAGGCCCAGAUCGAGGAGCUGAAACUCCAGCUGGCCAAGAAAGAGGAGGAGCUCCAGGCCAUGCAGGCCAGGGGAGAUGAGGAGGUGGGCCAGAGGAACAAUGCUCUGAAGCAGGUGCGGGAGCUGCAGGCCCAGCUGUCUGAGCUGCAGGAGGACCUGGAGUCGGAGCGCGCCUCCCGCAACAAGGCAGAGAAACUCAAGAGGGACCUGGGCGAGGAGCUGGAGGCCCUCAAGACCGAGCUGGAGGACACCCUGGACACCACCGCUGCCCAGCAGGAGCUCAGGACUAAGCGAGAACAGGAGGUGACAGAGCUGAAGAAGACCAUCGACGAGGAGACCAAGAACCACGAGGCCCAAAUCCAGGAGAUGAGGCAGAGGCACGGCACGGCCCUGGAGGAGCUCUCCGAACAGCUGGAGCAGGCCAAGAGGUUCAAGGCUAACCUGGAGAAGAACAAGCAGAGCCAGGAUAGUGCCAACAAGGAGCUGGCCGUCGAGCUGAAGGGAGUGCAGCAGGCCAAGACGGAGUCGGAGCACAAGAGGAAGAAGCUGGAGGGCCAGAUGCAGGAGGUCAUGGCCCGCUUCACUGAGGGCGAGAGGCUCAAGGGCGAACUGGGCGACCGCACACACAAGCUGCAGACGGAGCUGGACAGCGUGUCUACUCUGCUGGAGGAUGCUGAGAGGAAAGGAAUCAAGAUGGCUAAAGAGGUGUCCAGUUUGGAGAGCCAGCUGCAGGACUCACAGGAACUGCUGCAGGAGGAGACGCGUCAGAAGCUGAACCUGAGCAGCCGCAUCCGUCAGCUGGAGGAGGACAAGAGCGGCCUGCAGGAGCAGCAGGAGGAGGAGGAGGAGGGGCGCAAGAACUUGGAGAAACAGCUGGCAACCCUACAGGCCCAGCUGGUGGAGUCCAAGAAGAAGCUGGAGGAUGACGUGGGGGCGCUGGAGGGCCUGGAGGAGGUGAAGAAGAAGCUGCUGAAGGACGCGGAGUGCACCAACCUGCGGCUGGAGGAGAAAGCCCUGGCCUUCGAGAAGAUGGAGAAGACCAAGACCCGUCUACAGCAGGAGUUGGACGACCUCACGGUGGACCUGGACCACCAGAGACAGAUCGUCUCCAACCUGGAGAAGAAGCAGAAGAAGUUUGACCAGUUGCUGGCUGAGGAGAAGUCCAUAUCGGCACGCUUCGCUGACGAGCGGGACCGGGCAGAGGCGGAGGCCCGGGAGAAGGAGACGAAGUCGCUGUCGCUGACCCGGGCGCUGGAUGAAGCGCAGGAGGGCAAGGAAGAGUUCGAGCGGCUCAACAAGCAGCUACGGGCCGAGAUGGAGGACCUGAUGAGCUCCAAAGACGACGUGGGCAAGAGCGUCCAUGAGCUGGAGAAGUCCAAACGCACCAUGGACCAGCAGCUGGAGGAGAUGCGCACUCAGCUGGAGGAGCUGGAGGACGAGCUGCAAGCCACCGAGGACGCCAAGCUGAGGCUGGAGGUCAACAUGCAGGCCAUGAAGGCCCAGUAUGAGAGAGACCUGGCAGGCCGUGACGAGCAGAAUGAUGAGAAGAAGAGGCUACUGGUCAAACAGGUGCGGGAGAUGGAAGCAGAGCUGGAGGAUGAGCGUAAGCAGAGGGCGCUGGCGGUGGCCGCUAAGAAGAAGCUGGAGAUGGACCUCAAAGAUCUGGAGUCUCACAUCGAAGGGUCCAACAAGGCCCGCGACGAGGCCAUCAAACAGCUACGCAAACUCCAGGCCCAGAUGAAGGACUACCAGCGGGAGCUGGAGGACGCCCGUGCCUCCCGAGACGAGAUCUUCUCCCAGUCCAGGGAGAACGAGAAGAAGCUCAAGAGCCUGGAGGCUGAGGUUCUCCAGCUGCAGGAGGACCUGGCAGCGUCUGAGAGGGCCCGGCGACACGCAGAGACGGAGCGAGACGAGUUGUGUGAUGAGAUCUCAAACAGCGCCUCUGGAAAAUCUGCCCUCAUGGAUGAGAAGAGGAGGCUGGAGGCUCGUAUUGCCCAGCUAGAGGAGGAGCUGGAGGAAGAGCAGGGCAACAUGGAGCUGCUUAAUGACCGCUUCCGCAAGACCACCAUGCAGGUGGACACCCUGACCACGGAGCUGGCGGGGGAGCGCAGCGCGGCCCAGAAGAGUGAGAACGCCCGGCAGCAGCUGGAGCGCCAGAACAAGGAGCUGAAGGCCAAGCUGCAGGAGCUGGAGGGCUCCAUCAAGAGCCGCUUCAAGAUCUCCAUCGCCGCCCUGGAGGCCAAGAUCCUCCAGCUCGAGGAGCAGCUGGAGCAGGAGGCUAAAGAGAGAUCCGCAGCCAACAAGAUUGUGCGACGGACGGAGAAGAAGCUGAAAGAGGUGUGCAUGCAGGUGGAGGACGAGCGUCGCCAUUCCGACCAGUACAAAGAGCAGCUGGAGAAGGCCAACUCACGCAUGAAGCAGCUGAAGCGUCAGCUGGAGGAGGCGGAGGAGGAGGCCACGCGCGCCAACGGCUCCCGCAGGAAGCUGCAGAGAGAGCUGGACGACGCCACCGAGGCCAGCGAGGGCCUGAGCCGCGAGGUCAACACGCUCAAGAGCCGCCUCAGGCGGGGGGGUCCCAUCAGCUUCUCGUCGGGGCGCUCCGGGCGCAGGCAGCUGCAGGUGGAGGGCAUGUCCCUGGACGCGUCUGACGACGACCUCGACAGGGGGGCCAGCGAUGCAGCAAACGCCAAUGACACCACAGCCCCCCAGGCCAACAACCAUCAGCAACCACAACCACAGCAGCAGCCCCAGCAACAACCACAGCAGCAGCAGCCCCAGCAGCAGCAGCAGCAACAGCCCUAGCCCCAGGCCAAGAUGAGAGGCUCUUCAGCAGGCAUGCAGCAUGCCCUCUCUCUUACCCCAGACGCAGGCGCUGCCUCUAGAGACCCAAAUGAUCCUUUGCUUCCUAGUGGUCUCAGCAUGGACCACCACUCUGCCUUACCAGCCCCCUUCCCAAUCACACACACAGUCAGCACUCAAUGGCAAGCUGCAGGGCCAAGAAAACAAUCUAUUAUAUUCCUCUCUUUCUCUCUCUCUCUCUAAUUUUGUCUUGUAUGCAUAGCCUUGGAAUAGUAUACUUGGAUCUAGGCUGAAUAUUGAAAUACCUUUCGAAGAGCAAUUCUAAAAUAUAGUCUGUGCUUUAUAUGUGUGCAGGCACUCCGAUAGAUAAUCAAGAGGGGUCAUCCGUUUGUUUGGUUUUUCUUAUUUUAUUUUUCAUUUUCUUUGUGUGUGUGUGUGUGUGUGUGUGUGUUUUCCUUUUUCCCCCCUCAGUCUACCUGUAGGACUUUUUUUUGCCUCAGGUAAACUUUGCCUAUAUUCAUUUAUCUGAAAGGCUAGACAGCACAUCUCCCCCAAUGUGUAUGGUUUCACAGGCUGCACUGUUCAACUUGAAUGCUCAGUCUGCGACCUGUUCAUAAGGCACAUGAGAAGCCAACUCACUGAGGGAAAUAUCUUGAGGAUGAAAUUUAAAACAGAAUCUGUUACUCUUUUUUGUUACCAUUUAAAUGUAGAUUAGUAUUUAAAACACUAAGGGCAAACCAUGAAAAAGCUCCGCUGAAUUGGAAAUAUGGGGUAAAUGAUCAGCUCUUCCAGAAAAUGGCACAAUCAUUAAUAAUGGAAUUGGACCUUUUAAAUCAUGCUGCUUUAAAGUAUUGGACUGCAGGGGUCCAGUGUAGUCCAAGUAUCUACUCUGUCCUGUGAGUGACUCUCGUGCCCUCCUCACUCAACAGGAUUGAGGGGGGGCACAUAAAUAUGGUUCCCUGUCACUGUACUGAUGCAAUGAGAAUCAUGGUCCAUUCCUUGUAAUUUUGCCUUUGUUUUCUUAAUCUUAACAAACAUGAGUACCUGUAAAUGGUUCAGUGCCCUGUCAUUACUUUAAAGUAAAAUAUCCCAGUCCGAUGAGCAGGAGGAAGCAAUGUUUUUCAUUGCAGUUUAAUUUUGCAUCAAUACUUGACAGCAAUUUGACAGCAAACUACAGGUCAGUGUUGUUAUAGGAUAUCAAGUCACAGGUCCUUACCCUUCACAUUUGCCAUAUACAUAUGCAUAUUGUAUAUAGUAUUUAGAAGACUUAAAUUCCAUACCUGUGAGCUGUUGAGGCAUUAAUGUAUUAAUUAUUACAAUUACAACUUUGGAAAAUGUAUUAAUUAUUACAAUUACAAUUUUGGAAAAUGUUUUACUAAUUUCAUUUUUGAAAAGUGCCUUAGCCACGAUAGAAAGCAAUUAGUGAGGUCAGAACAUGAUUUUUUUUCAUUGUGAGCACAGUAUGACCAGACACGAGAGGAGGGGGAACAGGGCGCGUCAGAGGAUUCAACCUAUUCUAUUUUUUUAUUUAGCUUUGUGUCAUAUCGUAUCAUAUGUACCUUUCAGUAAUUGUCAUCUGAUAGCUACUAUAUUGUUUUCAAAUCAGUGUUAAUGAGGUGAAACAUGGAGCCUUCUGUCUCUUCGGCAGGAUGAAGUAUCUGAUUUGGUUAAAAGCUUUACCAUCCAUAAGGUUGUUAUCAUUGGACUGGCUGAGUGACCAGGCUCUCAAAUAUGACCAUCUCCUUUUAUUUCUUCUAGUCCUGUAAUUCUAGACUUAUUUUUUUGUAAAAGACCAAUAAAUGUAUGCAUUAUACAAAAUGUGUUUUGCUCACCUGA